AUGUCAAAAGAGAUUGAUCUCCCCGGUUUCAGAUUCCACCCGACCGAGGAAGAGCUUCUUGAUUUCUACCUCAAGAACAUGGUUUUCGGGAAGACAUUGAAAGUCGAAGUCAUUGGUUUCCUCAACAUCUAUCGUCAUGAUCCAUGGGACUUACCUCGUUUAUCGAGAAUCGGUGAGAGAGAGUGGUACUUCUUUGUGCCAAGGGAAAGGAAGCAUGGGAACGGAGGGAGGCCGAGCCGGACAACUGAGAAAGGAUAUUGGAAAGCAACCGGAUCAGAUCGUAAAAUCAUAAGCUUGUCUGAACCAAAACGUGUGAUUGGGCUCAAGAAGACACUUGUGUUCUAUAGAGGAAGAGCACCGGGAGGAAGCAAGACUGAUUGGGUCAUGAACGAGUACCGGAUGCCUGACAAUUGCCCCUUACCAAAGGACGUUGUGCUGUGUAAGAUAUAUAGGAAGGCUACUUCUCUCAAAGUAUUGGAGCAAAGAGCAGAGAAGGAGGCUAAGAUGAAUCAAACAUCUCCUCUUUCGUCUUCCGAGACGAUUUCUUUCGUUGGAAAAGAAGAAGACAUGAUGAUGACUUCGUUCCCCUUUCCUCACGUCGUAGCCAUGGAAGAAGAUAACAACAACCUAAUGCUUCAAGGGCAUACCGAGAAUGCGAAGAACGAAGAGAAACAAAGAGAAACAGAGAGGAAGGAACCUUCUUCAUCAUUGAAGCUUCCGUGUGGAGUUGUACCCCUACCAGAGCUGCAGUUACCUAAACCGGGACUCGAAUGGGGAUCAGACCAGUGGUUAAGUAUAAGUCCAUGGCUCCAGAAUCUUACACCAAUAGUUAACCUAUUAAAUUUUUAG